GACGUAUUACCUAAAGACCUAAAAAGUUAAAACAAAAUGUUUUAUGGUUAGAAUUUAAAGCAUUAGGUAUAAAGUGGUAAAUUUUGGUGAAUACUAUGUAAAUAUGUGUUACAAACUAGCUGACUUGGCAUAAAAAAUCAAAUGCGUGCUGUGUGUUAUUGAAUAAAUUCGUGAAAAGAAGGUGUGUUAUGCUGGGGAUCUAGUGUUUCUAGUCUUGUGGCAGCAGCAAGAAUUGAAAAGGUUAUCGAAGGAUUAGAGAAGCGUUUAGAUUAUGUGAAGUUUUAUAAUAUCAAAAAUCCACUUGUAAUUUUUCGUAAGUGCUUAUCAUUCAAUACCGCAUACAUAGCUUAUUGCACCCUUUACACAACUUUGUUCUGCUUUUGUUUUGUUUGCCGCUAGAAGCAUAAGAUGUGCUGCAUUUGAAAAAAUAAGGGGACGUCAAUGGCAGCGACCCUCGCGUUGUGCUUCCACAUCAAUACAUAAUAUAGAUUCAUAGGUAUAAGCACCGGGUGAAUAGAGCUCUUCCUGCUGGUGCUGUGGAUGCCUGUCCCGUCGUGUGUGAGUGAGCAAGAGCGACUAGAUGGUAUAAGAAGUGAAUAGGAAGAGAGGUAGCGAAAAAUCGCCCCGUAGAAAUUUAUAUCUAGAAGAGAUCGAGGACGAACGCCACACGCGAAGCGCAGAAGCAUGAAAACAAAACAUCUGCCGUAGAAGUGUAAUUAAACAAGGAAUAUAUAUUACCCAUAUGUGAGUUGUGUUGAAACUAGUAGGGAUGUCAGAAGGUUUUAUUGGUUAAAAAUCAAAUAUGUUGGAAAAAUAGUAAUAAACAAAAUACGAUGUACUAAAUGCAAUGAAGUCAUCGCUAGUUUCAAUAAGUGUUUCCUCAUAUUACUAGGAUGGUUCAAAACGCCUGAAGCAGCAGCAGAAGAAGACACACCGUGCCCUGAAAGGUGAUUAGUGUUACAGUGGUGGAGUAUCCGUAAAGAACCAGGAGAAAAUUGAGCCUAUUGCUGUAUGUAUAUAGGAAACAUAGACAGGAAGUGUACAAAGAAAAGAGCUUGGCCAUUCCCGCAUAAAUUUUUAUGUUCAAAUUUUGAAUGUAUGUGAGAACAUAACCGGAUGGAAUAAAGUGCGUAAUUGAAUAAAUUUAGAAGCAGCAUAAGACAUGUGGGGAGAAUAAAGUGUGCCAAGUCUUCAGCAGCGAUCAAGAGGCGGCGCGGAAAGGUAAACAUUUAGGGAGAACCAGCCGUCUGAAAGUUUGUUGUAAGCUGUUUAGCCAGCCCACGAUACGUUAUGGAUAGCUCGGACGAUGAUCUUUCGGAACAUUCGCAAGGGGACAAGUCCAGCAAGACUCGUUGGACAAAACAUGAGGAUGCCGCCCUAAAAUCACUGGUGGAGCAGUACGGUGAACGGUGGGACGUGAUUGCCAAAUUUCUAAAAGACCGCACUGACAUACAAUGUCAACAGCGUUGGACCAAAGUAGUCAAUCCCGAUCUCAUCAAGGGACCGUGGACAAAGGAGGAAGACGAUAAAGUGGUUGAAUUAGUCACCAAAUAUGGCCCAAAAAAGUGGACCCUCAUCGCGCGUCAUCUUCGUGGCCGUAUCGGAAAACAGUGCCGGGAGCGGUGGCACAACCAUCUUAAUCCUAACAUCAAGAAAACCGCCUGGACCGAUGAAGAGGAUAACAUCAUAUAUCAAGCCCAUCUGCAAUGGGGUAAUCAAUGGGCAAAAAUUGCCAAACUGCUGCCAGGUCGUACGGAUAAUGCUAUCAAAAACCACUGGAACUCAACCAUGCGACGAAAGUACGAAGGACCUGACGCAACACGUCGUAAACCGAAAUCCCAAAAUCAACAGCAUCUUGCCGGAACAGGACACGUACAAGUGACUGCACAGCAGGCACAAACUAGCCAGACUAGCUUGCGGAACAUAAUCUGUAAUAAUCGGAAAAAAGCAUCGCCCGAGAGUAUAAUUGAUGAAGAUUCGCUCGAUAAAGAUAAUACAACCGUGGCAGUUUCAACUGAGCAAGGAGAUUUUCUCAUUUCACCCUUGCCGAAUGCGACCAGCGAGAAACAGUUUGUCAUUGCACCACUGUACACGGCGGGGAAAACCACGUUUGUUAAUGCCAAAGCAAUUUUAAAUAACAACAACAACAAUAAUAAUAACAUUAAUAACGGCAGUGGAUGUCCUGAAACCAACCGCAACAAUAAUAACAAUCAACCGUACACACAAACCAGCGUAGAUUUUAGUGAUCUACUGAGUGGCAGCGAUGGAGAUGGAAGCGAUCGAAAGUUUAAGAUCAACACACCAAGCAUCCUACGGAAAAGGCGACGAUUCCGGGACGAGAACGAAAUGAACGACCUGCAGCAUCAGAUAUUGCUUGCGCACCAGCAACAACGGCACCUGCAACUGCUGCAGGCGACAUCCGCCACAAGUCAGUCGCUUCCUAGCGUACCGCAUCAUUCAUCUCAGUCUCAGACGCUGCACCAGCAUCAGGAACAGGCCGAAAAGCAUCUCCUUUCGCCAACUGUUACACCCAUUAAACCACUUCCAUUUUCACCCAGUCAGUUUUUGAAUUCUCCCAGUUUGAAUGUUUCAUUCGAUCAGCUACCGGCCAGUACACCCGUUAAGAAACUCAUCGUUAAAAAUAACGAUACUAGUCUUUUGAGUACUCCAGUCCCAUUAAAAGAUAACCAACCUCUAAAAAGAGAGAUUACAGAUGAGGAUGUUAAAAAUCCUAUUAAAACGCCUUUGAAAGAUUCAAAGUCGAUGGAGCCCCGUACACCGACACCGUUUAAAAAUGCAAUGGCAGAGCUGGGGAAGCGGCGCUCAGAAGUUUAUAUACCGCCCAGUCCAGCCCGACUUGGUGAGGACAUUGCUGAAAUCAUGAGCAACGAACAGGCUAAAGAAACUGACAAUGGAAGAUCUAGCAAAGUAGUCGCCGUGAACGGUAACGUUGGUCCGUCGCAGAUCGAGUCUAAGAAAAAUGCUGUUCCUCCCGUACCGCAAUCACCACAUACAAAAAAAGCUAGAUUCACACAAAACUGGGAAAAUUCCGACAUGAGCUUCUUUGCUGAGACACCGAGUAAAUCGCUCAUAUCAGAUUCUGGCGUUAUUUUCUCGCCACCCAGCAUACUGCGCGAAACACUUAGCGAUUCGGACCUUCUGCUGGACGGAGGUGGAGGUAUUCUGGAACCUUCCAAUACGCACGUAGUUCAGCCUAAGCCGGCUGAGCCGAUCGAGACUCUGGAUCCAAAAUGGGAGAAAUUCGCGUGUGGCAAAACUCGCGAUCAGCUCUUCAUGACCCAGCAAGCGCAUAGCUGUCUGAAGAAAACCUCCCUUCAGCCACGAUCACUGAAUUUUUACAAAUAGGACUAACUUACUUGACCCUCUAAGCCGUUUAUGAGCGUAACGAGUGUUUUCUAGUUAAGAUAAAACAUUAUGAGUAAGGAAAAAAGUAAUGCUACAAUUGUGUUUGGUUACUAAGGUUUGAAGUGUAGGGUUUUUUUUUCUAAAAAGAGUAAAAGCGAAGACCAUACAAAUGUGUUAUCAAUAAGUCGGCUUUUGACACGUUCUUAUUUAGUCUCUUUUGAGACUCUUUUAAUUCCAUAGCUUUAACAAAUCAUUAUAUAGUACUGACACGAAGCUUAGCAGCUUGAUAACCAUUUAAAAGCACGACUUUCCUUUAAUUACAAGAAGUUAGUUAAGAGUUUUAUACUAACAUCUCAAGGUCACUAGUGAGCAAGGAAUAUAGUAUAGUUAUGAAGUCAGCUGUAAGAUUUGCAAGAAUGUUAUAUAGCAGUUUACAAUUUGACAAUUUAUUGAAGCAGGAAAUGUCUCAAAAAUACAAUGUACAUUUAUUUAUGUACCAGUCCUUGGCAAUUUUAUUGGCGUCUAUUUGUCCGUUUGUAAAGAAAAUAACCUACAUACUAUUUAUAGCAGAGUUAUAUAACAAUAAAUUAUCAUUGUU